UUAUGGAUUAAUUAGACUCAUUAAAUUUGUCUCGCGAAUUAGCAUCCAUCCGUGUAAAAAGUUUUAUAAACAGAUUUUAUUUAAUACUUCUAAAUAGCAAUAUUCUCUUUGAUGUGACGGGUCUAAAACUUUAGAGGGGAGGAAAGGAACACACCAAAAGUAAAGUUGCUCCCUCUUCGUUUGACAACCUCCAUUUCUGCAUCCAGGUCAUUCUGGGUUCAGGUUAUUCUUGGGUAAUUAGGUAUAGAAUCUACACAGCGUUCAUGAAUCAUGAUAUGUUAGUAGUUACAGAUAGGAUGGCAUAAGCCAUAGUCACUUCCAUGCCAUUGAUGCAUGGUUCCGUAGUUUCAUGUAUUGCAGAGCUACAGAAACUAAAUUACGAGACAUUAAUUUGUGAAUCCAAUUUUGAUUGCUCAACGAUAUCUCGUCAUUCUAGCCGAAAGGUUUUCUGUGGAUACAAAUUAAACACCUUAAAUUUCGACUUCGGACAUAUUCUGCUGCGAACUCUCUGUCAUGAACACAGGAAUGUUCCGAGGACCGGGAUCCUGGCGGCACCACUCGACCUGCCGGCUUCUUGCGUCACUCGUCACGCCUACGGCCUACCCGCACUCCCGUCACAGCCGGUCUUUGCGUGGCCAGCCUCUCUCGGUUCAGGCCGUUGUCCUCGUCCUAGAUUCCAAGUUGCUCCCGUCACUGCUUGUGGUUUUUUGCAGAAGAGGAAAGGGUCACAAGUUCGACGCGUUGCUGGACAAAUCGCAGUUGCGGUUUACGUCUCGUGGACCAUCCUGCCAUGUGACCGCGGAGCCGCAUUAAAAGCUGCGCCAACCCAGCAUAGGAGUUCACUGCGACGCCCAUACGAUUGUGCGCACACAGACAGACUGACGAGCCGCAUCUAGCAGCCGGACUAGCUCAGCUCAGCGUAGCUAGUCCCAUGGCUCCGGCGAGUCCUCUGUUCGUCCUCGUCUUCCUCGCGGUAACCGCCCCGCUCUCGGCUGGUGCGGGGGCGGCACUGGUGUUCCCCGAUGAAGCGCUCCCGACCAAGUCGGGCUACCUCCCCAUCCCGCCCACCAACGCCUCGCUCUUCUUCGCCUUCUACGAGGCCACCCGCCCGCUCACGCCGCCCGCCUCCACGCCGCUCCUCCUCUGGCUGCAGGGCGGGCCCGGCUGCUCCGGCCUCGUGGGCAACUUCUUCGAGCUCGGCCCCUACUUCGUCAACCCCGACAGCGUCUCCCUCUCGCCCAACCCCUUCGCGUGGAACCGCCGCUUCGGGCUCCUCUUCAUCGACAGCCCGCUCGGCACCGGCUUCAGCGCCGCGCCGUCCCCCGCCGACAUCCCCACCAACCAGUCCGUCAUCGCCGUGCACAUCCUCGCCGCGCUGCAGUCGUUCCUCGCCCUCGAUCCCAGCUUCCGCGCGCGGCCGUUCUUCCUCACCGGCGAGAGCUACGCCGGCAAGUACGUCCCCGCGGCGGGGGCGCACAUCCUGGACGUGAACCCGACGCUGCCGGAGGCGCUCCGCGUCAACCUCCACGGCGUGGCCAUCGGCAACGGGCUCACGCACCCCGUCGCGCAGGUCGCCACGCACGCGGACGCGGCCUACUUCUCGGGGCUCAUCAACGCGCGGCAGAAGCGGGAGCUGGAGGCGCUGCAGGCGGAGGCGGUGGCGCUGACCCGCGCGGAACGGUGGCGCGAGGCGGCGGACGCGCGGGGCCGGGUGCUGUCGCGGCUGCAGAACAUGACCGGCCUGGCCACGCUGUACGACGCGGCAAAGCAGCGGCCGUACCGGACGGACCCCGUGGGCGCGUUCCUGAACCGGGCGGAGGCCAAGGCGGCGCUGGGCGCGCGCGGGGACGUGGCGUGGGAGGAGUGCAGCGACGCGGUGGGCGCGGCGAUGCACGCGGACGUGAUGAGGAGCGUGGUGCCGCAGGUGGAGUCGCUGCUGCGGCGCACGCGCGUGCUGCUAUACCAGGGCGUCCGCGACCUCAGGGACGGCGUUGUGUCGACGGAGGCGUGGCUCGGCGAGGUGCGCUGGGACGGGCUGCACGCUUUCCUCGACGCCGACCGCGCCGUGUGGCGGACGCGGGCCGAUGGGGAGCUCGCGGGCUACGUGCAGCGGUCGGGCGCGCUCGCGCACGUGGUGGUGUAUAGCGCAGGGCACCUCGUGCCGGCGGACAACGGGCUCGCGGCGCAGGAAAUGAUCGAGGACUGGGUGCUGGGCACGGGGCUGUUCGGGCGCCGCGGAGGCAACGGCAGGAGGCGCGCAGCCUGAUGGUGCCCGGCGCCCGCUGGUGGAGCACGGACGAAUAUGAUGGACGAUUGCGUGGACGCGAAAUGGUCUAGUGUAGUAGUACAAUAAGGAUUUUGAUGUUUUUUUUACACAGAUUUUGAUGGGUUUUGUGGAACGGUGAUACUAAUGCAGAUCGAUUCUGAUCCUGGCCGCCCAUUCUAAUCACGAGCAGUUCAGAAA